AUGCGCAAGCAUGGUUUGUCCCGUAAGCACCAGGACGCCCUCAACAGGAAGGAGCGCGCGGAAGGUGGGAAGGUUGGUCAGCGCGGUAUUGACGAGUAUGAGGAUGAGUCUGGUGAAGUGGCGCGGCUGAAACAACUUCUUUUAGUUGUUUUAUUCAUUUGCAAGUCGGAUGUUCGCAUCGCUUUGUUUGUUGGGCUUGUGUCGUUGCUUCAACUGCUCAAGACGCCCAACAUCCUGGACAAGGCGCUCGGGACUUACCUAGAGGCGCUGGCAGCUAAAGACGCGGCAACUAACGUGAAGGACUUCAACAUCGUCGACAAGGUCGUUCGUUCCAUGGCGAGCCUCAUCGGGAAUAGAUCCGUCGUCCACUCUCGCUUUCUGGAGCUCCAACAGAUUCUGCACGCGACGCAGCUGGAGAUGCAGGGUAUCAAGGAUGCGCGCUGGCUAUCGCGUGGAGACGCCAUCGAUCGCUUUGUGGCCGUCCUUCCCUCGGCGAUCGUGUUACUGCAUGAGCAGGACAAGGAUACGUAUCACAUGGUGACAAGUUUGAAGUUUCACUUCUUCUUGUACUUCAUUGCCGACGUCCUCAAGGAGUUGAACGAGCUCAACAGAAAAUUUCAGAGGCGCGCGGUGGACGUCACUCAUGUGUCGGGGAUGGUGGAGAACACAUGCGCGAAGCUGACGGCGCGCUACGUGGAGUACGGUGUCAACUUUGCAGAGGACAGCGACCGUCUCACUGCGUUCCUGGAAGAACGCACGCAUCCCUCCCGCCGUGAAGUCAAAGUGGAGGGGAUGGACAGCGAAGGCAACGCCGUCACUCACACCUUCCAGUUGCACGAGCUGCCAAUCCCAGGCGUGGACUCACCACCGGAUUUGGAAUCGUGUGUGCGACUUGCCACCAAGUUUGCGAAGGAAGUGGUUGGCCGCCUCAAGUUCCGGUUUAAGAGCUUGGCGACCUUGGUUGGUUCCAAGCUCUUUCUGCCCGACGCCUAUCCAGAUGGUGCUGCAAAGCGUGAUCGCAUCACUGGGAAGUGGUUCCGCUCCCUUCGCACGCUCUUCAACGGCGAUAACUUUAAGCUGUGGCGUGGUGCAAGGCAACGGCGCCCUGCAAAGGAAGACAGUGGUGAGGCUAAGAAGGACAACAAGCGCAAGGGGCUGGCAGCUGAAUCAGAUGACGUGGCACCAGAGGCAGAGGCAGUCGAGAAGGCAUACCCUGCCGUUAAGAAGCGACGCAAGAGGGACAAGGUUCCAGAAAGUGAUAGUGAAGAUGAUGGCCUGGAUGUUCGUGCAACGCAACCCUCACCAAUGAUUCUGACACAGAGUAGCUAA